UCCAUCCGUGUGAUGACAGUUUCGAGUGUAGUGACAGCCGCGUAUCACCGCGUAUGCGCUCGUCAACCGUUAUAGCCCGUUGCGCUUAGCUCGAGUUCAUCGGUUUCUCGGUCAGCCUGGUGGCAUCGACGGCGCGCGGACGAGCAUCGUCGGGGCAAACGGCGACACGAGAUUUCCGAGGAGACGGACGUCGCUGCGCAUGUGGAGCAUCCUGGCCUGCGCGGGCUGCAUCGACCCUCAAACCCAUUUCGUUACUCUCCAGCAGUGCAUGCCUAGCCAGAUCCCACUGUGCCGGGAUCAUCGGGAAAUAAGUGAAACGAUAUCGUAUCGAAUCAGCACAUUAAGUUCACCAUCGUUUAACGUUUAACGUUUCGCCAUCGAAGAAAUCAGAGAUAGAGAGAAAGAAAGAGAGAGACCUGCAUGUCUUGAUAAGCCGGAAAAGGAAUCGCGGACAUCCGAGCGUUUCUGAUUACGUUAUCUGCCUUACCAAAAUAAGUAUGUCGACAAUUGUUAUGUUUAAAAUCGCGUGAUGACGUGAAGAUAGAAACGGUAGAAACAAGAAAGCAAGAACGUUUGCAGAACACUAAAAUCGCGAAAGUGAAAUAAAGAAAAAUUGUCUCGAUGGUUCUUCGUGGCUUAUUGGCUCCUGCGGCAGCUCGUUGGAGGAGAAAUAAAGUCGCGAAAAGAAGUCAAAACGCCGCCUGGGAUAGCGUAAAUGCGCCUGUUGGCCAAUUGGGAUUGUCACGUUAUGGACCGCAGGUGAUGAGCGUGCUGUGUUUAUGCACCUCUAACGUCCACCAAUCUACCCGUAACGUCACGCAGGCCGGCAAGAUACUCCCGAGUCCGCCGUCAGACACUCUUUGCGAGCAGCGAAUAACGCCCUCGCAGGAAAUACCUACUGACGAGCUGGCUCUAUUAGCUAAGCUGGAGGAAGCCAAUAGGCUGAUCGAAUCAGAUGCAAAGUCAUUGAAUUCUCUCCAGAGCAAUCAUAGCAGAAAGGGCUCCGAUACAUCUCAAGUGUCUGUGGCGUCGGGGGGCAGCGGAGGUAACGGCGAUGCUGCGCCCCGACGCCACAAUCCAGCCGAUGGUGAAGAGAAUACGUGGACUCUUUGGGGUCAUAUAGUGGCUGACUGGGAUUAUAAUUGGAAGAAACGGAAAGAAUUUGUUAAGGAAUUGGUUCGUCAAGGCAUACCUCACCAUUUUAGGGGCAUUGUCUGGCAAUUAUUAAGCGGUGCCCAUGACUCUCCAGUUAAGAAACAAUUUGCCGAAUACAUUAAAGCAACAUCAGCUUGCGAAAGGAUAAUUAGAAGGGAUAUCGCUAGGACGUACCCUGAGCAUGACUUUUUCAAAGAAAAGGAUGGUUUUGGGCAGGAGAGUUUAUUUAACGUUAUGAAAGCAUAUAGCCUACAUGAUCGUGAAGUAGGAUACUGCCAAGGUUCAGGAUUUAUAGUAGGAUUACUUUUAAUGCAGCAAAUGCCAGAAGAAGAAGCUUUUGCUGUACUCGUAGCACUAAUGCAAGAGUAUCGCUUGCGGGACAUGUUCAAACCAAGUAUGGCUGAAUUAGGAGUGUGCAUGUAUCAACUGGAACAUUUAGUUGCUGAUGCACAUCCUGAACUUCAUGCUCACUUCACGGCCCAAGGUUUUCAUACGUCGAUGUAUGCAUCUUCUUGGUUUCUUACACUAUUUACUACAGCGCUAAGCCUUCCCCUAGCAUGUCGUAUUUUUGACGUCUUUCUAUCGGAGGGGAUGGAGAUUAUUUUUAAGGUUGCAUUGGCAAUGCUGGUAAUCUGAAAAUGAUGAUUAAAACAACUUUUUUUUUUACAGUUUUUCCAAAAACAAUUGCCUGGGAAGGCCGAAAAAGAUCCCGAUGGCCUCAUGACGCUCGCAUAUGGAAUGAAAAUCAAUCCAAAAAGAAUGAAGAAACUAGAAAAAGAUUAUACCAUCUUAAAGAUGAAGGAGCAAGAAGAAAUGGUCGAGUUACGCAGGCUCAGAGCAGAAAACAGAUUGCUUAGGCAAAGAACUGAACUUUUGGAAGCAGAGUCCGCUGAACUAGCUGAUAGAUUAGUUAGAGGUCAAGUAUCACGCGCCGAAGAAGAAGAAACUGCUUUCAUAGCUCAAAGAGAAUUGGCAGCGCUUCGUCAUUCACAUCUCGAGACCAGCCAUCAACUUGAACAAGCUCAUGAGGAAUUGAGAUCGUUAUCGAUUCUUCUUGAGGAGAACGUAACGUCUAGACAGUCAUCACUAGAUGAGAUAGUAGUGAAACAAGAAGCAUUAUCACAGAAGGAAGAAAUGAUACAAUGUUUGCAAGAGGAAUUGGUUAGAGUUAGAUUACACGAGGCAGAAAACGAUGCACUAAUUAGAGAACUCAGAGGAAGAAUACAAGAAUUAGAGCAAGAUAAGAAAACUUUACGCGAAUCGACGCCAGACAAUUCCGUAGCUCAUUUGCAAGAAGAACUUAUUGCAGUUAAGCUUAGAGAGGCAGAGGCCAAUUUAUCUUUAAAGGAUCUGCGGCAGAGAGUUAUGGAGUUAAGUGCAGCUUGGCAGAGGCAUCUACAAGAGCAUCGGUCUGCUCAAUCAGCGCCUGCCGCUGAUUCUACGCCAAAGAAAUUGCUUUUUUGGGAAAAUCGGGGUCAUGAAGUACAGAAGUUUGAGGAAGAUUUAAUGACGACCAGAAUUCGAGAGAUGGAAGCGUUGACUGAAGUAAAAGAGUUACGACUUAAAGUUAUGGAGCUUGAAACUCAAGUGCAAGUAGCAACUAAUCAGCUCCGUAGACAAGACGAAGGCGGAAAAGUACUUAAGGAUGAAUUGGAAGCUGUAUUAGCACGAGAGAAGGAUCUAGUUGCCAAGCUUAGAGAACAACAACACAAGUAUUCCGAUUUGGAAUCGAAAAUGAAGGACGAAGCUAUGAUGGCUAGGAUACGUGAUGCCGAACACGCGCAGCAAGUGGCGGAACUUACACAGAAAAUAUCUCUUCUCGAAUUAAAGAAUGAAGAAAUGCAUGCGGAAGGCGAACUUAGGAAUAAUUUAGAUGACAGUGAGAAAGUAAGGGAGCUUCAAGAUAAGGUUGCUGAAUUAAAAGCCGAGGUAUGUGAAAUUAAAAAAAUUCAUCUUGUCCAUUGUAUUAACAAAAGCAGUAUCUUGGAAUAUUGCAGUAAGGGGUGAACUAUGUCUUAUGGUACAAAAUAUUAUAUAUGUAUAUUCUUGUAAUAUAAUGUAUAUUAAGGAUAACUCGAUAAAUUCCAUUCUAUGUAGGCAUAAUUAUAUAAGCAGAUCAUACAUAAGAAAUAUUUUAUCACUGUGCAACAGCUACUUUUCAUACAGCACACAAUAUGAUAUUUUACAGGAUGAUUUUAACAUAUUUCAUCACCCAUCAUGAACAGGUAGAGUGA